GCUGGGCCCGGCCGUCAGCGGAGGCGCCGCGGGCGGUACCGGCACCAUGUUCCGCCGCAAGCUCUCGGCACUCGACUACCACAACCCCGCCGGCUUCAACUGCAGGGAUGAAACAGAAUUCAGAAAUUUUAUUGUCUGGCUCGAAGACCAGAAAAUCCGACAUUACAAGAUUGAAGACCGAGGGAAUUUAAGAAACAUACACAGCGAUGACUGGCCUAAAUCGUUUGAAAAGUAUAUGAAAGAUGUAAACUGUCCUUUCAAAAUACAAGAACGACAAGAAACAGUGGACUGGCUUCUCGGCUUAGCGGUUAGGCUCGAGUAUGGAGAUAAUGCUGAUAAGUAUAAGGAUUCUACCCCUGAUGGUGCUAAAAAUACUGACAACACAGCAAAAAAUGCAGAACCGCUGAUUAACUUGGACGUGAAUAAUCCUGAUUUCAAGGCUGGAGUGAUGGCUUUAGCUAAUCUGCUUCAAAUUCAGCGACAUGAUGAUUACUUGGUAAUGCUUAAGGCAAUUCGCAUUUUGGUUCAAGAGCGCUUGACGCAGGACGCCAUAGCGAAGGCCAGUCAGUCCAAGGAGGGUUUGCCUGUCGCUUUAGAAAAGCACAUUCUUGGUUUUGACACAGGAGAUGCUGUUCUCAAUGAAGCUGCCCAAAUUCUCCGACUGCUGCAUAUAGAGGAGCUCCGAGAGCUGCAAACAAAAAUUAAUGAAGCGAUUGUAGCAGUUCAGGCGAUUAUUGCUGAUCCCAAGACGGACCACAGACUGGGGAAAGUCGGGAGAUGAACAGAUAAAAGCUUGUAGUCUCUUGUGUACUUAGUACAAUUAGGAACUAUGUACAACUCUGUACAACUCUGGCAUGCAGUUUGAAAUGGUAUUAUUUUACUGUUUUGCAAGAAAACAGGAAAUUGAAUUCUGA